AUAAUUGUGAUAAGAUAAGAAGACUCUUUUAAGUGGAAAAAAAUAAUUUCACAGCACAUUUGUAAGAAAGAUUUCCAGAAGAAUAAAAGACAAAAUGGAUCAAAAACAAAUUCCACAAGAUCAGACAUCGCAUAUCGGAUUUCAACCACCACCAGCUUAUGAUCAACAUCAAUUUCAACCUCAGCAACCAUAUCAACAUCAGUCGAUACCGCAGCAUUCAAUCCCUGUACAGAACCAACCGCAAGUUGUUACAGUGAUUACUGGGGACUAUUUUGGACCUAAUCCAAAAUCAAUCACAUGUUCAAGUUGUCGUCAAAAUGUAGUUACACGCGUCGAUUUUGAGUCGUCAACAAAAACUCAUCUGGUAGCUGCUGUUAUUUGUCUGGUGUUCUGGCCAUGUGUUUGUGUACCUUAUCUGACUGACUCUUGCAAAAAUGCAAACCAUUAUUGUCCUCAUUGCGGUGCAUACCUUGGAAGCUACAGGGGAUAAUUAAUGAAAUAAAAUUUAUAUAAAUAAUCUUCACGUUUGUUUAUUAAACAAUCUCCUGAAAAUCUAUUUAAAUUUAUCUAAUAAACCUGAUUUAUAAUAUGAAAAUAUCUAUCAAAUAUUUUGUUUUUACUCGUAAGCCAUAUUUGUAUGAAAAAAUCUGAAAGAUAACUUGAUGGAUCAACACAGAAAUGAUAAGAAAGUCUCAAUAAAAAUAGAUAGCAAGUUUCAGUAGGAACUUUUUCGCUCACAACAUUAGUUGUCAGUUUUUAUUUUAUAAAGUGUGAUUAAUUAUUCAAGUUAUUAAUAAAUAAAAUGUCAGCACCACCACCUUACACAGAAAAUUCACAUCAAACGUAUCAAGCUCCUGUGACUGUGAUUACACAUCAACCGAUUCCAACUAAUCAUGUUGUGCUGCAGACAAUACAAGUUGGUCCAGGACCAUCUCUGAUGACAUGUCCGAAUUGUUUAAGAACGAUAACAACAACAGUCGAUUACGAAAUAUCAGGAAGAACUCAUUUGUGUGCUUUAGGAUUGUGUUUAAUUGGUUUCUGGCCUUGCAUUCCAAUUCCAUAUCUCUGCUGUGGUGGAUGUUGCAAAAGAACUGUACAUACAUGCCCAAAUUGCCGGCACUACAUUGGAAGUUUUUAAUCAUCGUUCAAUAAGCUUUAAAAAUGAAGUUUUUUAUUAUUCGUAAUUUCUAAUUUAUUUCGUUGCAUGACCUAAAAUGUGAGCUUGUUGACCACAACAAAAAUAAUAAGAAAAUUGAGUUCUAGAAAUGUCAGAAUUCAAUGACGAGAGUUUUUGCAACAAUUUUUGAAUUUUUAUUAUGCAAUAAAAUAUUCUAUUGAUCAAAUAAAAAGAUAAUUGGCAAUGAUUGAAUAAUAUUUUUCAGAAAUGUUCAAAGACUGAAGUUAGAGGCAUUUGAAGAACAAGAGAAAUGAAUCUCUAACA